GACACAACAUCGACUUGGACUAGCGGAAUUCACUUGUGCACUUUAGAUAUUCACUUAGUGUUUGGUCUUUUGCAGUGGCAUCAUUAUCCAUCAGAACAUACCGAGAGGCACGUUGGGGCGUCUGUUUGUCUGUCCCGUGAAUAUCUUCAGGAGUCGUGCGGGAACAGUGUGAUUCACUGGGCGCAUCCAUUUUUAUUUUCAAAACGAGGCUUGUCGCAAAUGGCCAUCGUCUUGAGGUGUUCUUGUACUUUGCAAAAUAUUGCAAGAUUUAUACCACAAUACACUCACGAAGUUUUAAUACCUCUACGCAGCUAUGCAGUUAAGGGACUUGGUAAAAUUGGCGGCAAGAUAGGAGUGAAAGGAUCAGGGGGUCCAAAGAAAAAAAUUGAUUUGCCAGUGGAAGGAGAUGUUAAGAAAUUGAUAAUGAAUUGUAGUGGAUUGAAUUACAUGAAAGAAGGCCCUGAAGUAAAACUUAAAGAGGAUCAUGAAUAUCCAGAAUGGCUCUGGAAACUGAACACUGAAAGACCUACAGCUUCUCUUGAAGGCCUGGAUGAAGAUUCCGAUAUAUAUUGGUAUAGAGUAAGAAAAUAUGCCAAAGCACAGCAGCGUGCUGAGAUGAAACGUUUUAAACGUUUCAUAAAGUAAAAAAUAAUGUCAUCAUGUUUCAAAUUGAUUUUUUAUUUGAUUGAAACAUUCGGAUUUAUACAGUGGUGAUUCAUGGUGGAUUUACUAUUUUUCUCAAAACUUGCCUGGAUACCUAUUUUUUGUGACAAUGAAUGCUGUGACAUAACACUACAGUUGGACGUUGCUUGUUUGAGAAUAAGGCAUUAGAGAAAGUGGAAAUAUCUCACAUCAUUUUGAAUCUUACUAUUCUUUAUAAUAUUUAUUCUCAUCCUAAGGACAGAGAUGCACUUGUGUUAAAGUUACUGGUACAGGAGUUUAAAGUUUUUUUUAUCAGUUUAAAAAAUCAAUAUAAUAUAACAGUAAUUACCUUAAAAUGUCUCACAUAUUAAAUGAUUUGUAGAACUUAUCAUUUAUUUUGAAAACUUAUAAUCAUUUUAAUGUGGUACAAGAAUGCAGUGUAGUCAUCACGCAAUGUCAAAAUCUUGUUAAAUCAUAUAGUGACCACAACACGGAUUCCUUUCAUUAGCUUGUGACACCCCAAGCUUAUUGAAUUUGUGUGCUUUUGGGAUUUAAUCCAUUACAUUACUUUGUGAAUGGGGGUAUGGAUGAAAAGAAAAUAACUUUUUUACUUAAAAAGUGUUUAUUUUUAUUGCAGUAAUAUUUACAUAAGUAUUUUAUAUAAAGAACGUGGAAAAAGGCUAUAUCCCAAAUGUAGGUAGUCUUUUAACAGUUUUCAAGAAUUAAAGAAUCCAAACAAGUAA